ACACUCGGAAGGAUUGACCGCGAAAGUGAUGUCCUAAAAAAAGCACAUCGCAUCACGAAGAAAACGCUUUCGUCGAUUAUUGAAUUAGUCAUGAAUUGUGGACUUUUUUUGUUUCUGGCUACGCUAAUCGCCUUUCAAAAUGUCAUGGCCACAAAUGCCAAAAAAUAUUAUUUGCUGGAACAGGAAGAAAAGACCAACCCGUAUUUGAAGGAAAUCUAUAAGCAAAUUGAUAAGUUGGAGAAAUUUAAGAUCAGACAUUCAGCUGCCUUUACCAUUGGCCCAAACUACUAUUCGGAUGACCGUAUUCCUAUCGUAGCUGAAAUGUAUGAUAUUUAUUCAACAAUAAGUCGGAUAGAAGAUCACUACAAGUAUUUAAAAGCCUACGAGACGUUUAAGUUUGAAAAUGACACCCUACUAAAUUUAGCGAAGGCCCAGGUUAUUACAAGCGAGCGUGAAAAUCUCCAAGCCGUGGAACACCUCCACCUUAAGCUAUUCGGAACUGAGGAUGUGAUUGGACAACUGGCCAGCGGCAACCAGAUGUUUCAAGACUAUACCUGCCGAACACCACAAUCGCCCCAGCUAUAUCUUUACAUGUUGUAUGAGCAGUAUGUCCUCGUCGAACUGAAGGCCCACGCCUUGAUAGAGUGGUCCUGGAUGAUGCUCAGGAAGUUCGGACAGGGUGGAUCCAUCGAGGAUGAAAACAGAUCCCGAGAUGCCUACAAGCGAAGGACGCCAACCACUCUGCCCAAGAUCAAACAAUUGAUGAGCCGAGCAGAUCGCUCUGUUUGGCGCUGCGAUCCAAGGGAGCACGAGGUCAGAGUGACCUACGAGGAGGUCACCCGCCUGCUGCAAGGUUACAUUGAAAACGAGGUGGACCUGAACAGUGAUGGAUCCUGUAGUCGGGGUUGCGCCUACUACAAGUCCACAAAAUCUGAGGGCUGCUUUGACAAUAAGUUCUGCUCCGAGCAGCCAAAAUGUUCCGGUGGAGUGUACGACUGUCGCUAUGUGGAAUCCAAUAUGAAAAUUUGUCAGGCGGCAAGCAACCAGAAUAGACGGUACGAUUUCAUCCAGUAUGAAAGUGGACGGGUCUACGGAAAAGGUGGCAGUUGCCAUACAUGGUUAAAUAAAGCAAACAGCUGGAAUCGGUGGAUCUUCCAAGAAUGCAGCUACUGCCUUUGCUUGUGCGAUGAUCAGGGAGUUGAGUCGGAUCGCUAUUUUAACUUGAGACCAGUGAUCGCCGAUGUGGAGAGAAACAGAGUCGUGACAGGCGUUCGUUUUGUGAAGCGCAAUCGCGUUUUCCACCUGCAGAUUCAAGAGGGCGAAAUGCUGCCACUUGGAGUCAUCAAUGAAUCCACCCUAGAGUGGAAGCCCGCAGAUUUGUACAACAUAACCGACAAGGAUGUACAAGAGGGCAUCGACUUCCACAUGCUGAGCUACGAGAAGCGAUCCGUAGAUCUGGUUGAACUGAAAGCGGAGAACAACUCCGUGGUUACCGGAUUGCGGUUCAAAGUGAGAGGAACCCAUCUUCACCUGGAGGCUCAAUGCAGUAGAGUGGAAUUCCAGCGCGGAAUUUUAAUUGAGCCGAAAACAACGAGCUACUGGAUGUCUGGAGGUAACGAUGAACCAAGGGAUAAACUGCCCCUCAAGGACCCCCAAUUGCCCACGCAAUCUUCCACUGCAUCGAUACCUUAUCCAAGUGAUAACCACUUUAUCGAAUUUGCUAAUACGGGAUUUGACCAGGAUGCCGGCCAAUCAACUGUGCCCUUCAUCGACAUCCAGGACGUGAUUUCAGAUCCGGCGGUUCCUCUAUCCGGCAUUGGCUUAUAUUUUAAAGGAAGAGAUGGUUUUGGUGGCUUCCUGGCCCCUAAGAUCAUCACCUAUGACUUCACGCCCUAUGUCCAGCUGCCCACUUGGGAGUCUAUGCAAACUGUAGUUAGAGAAGGCGAAAAUCCUUAAUAAAUGUUGUUCUUUCAAUUAAA